ACCGAGCCCCCCGGCGACGCCUGCCGGGAGCCGCCGGCCCCGCCGCCCAACAUCAACCAACUGCCGCCCUCCAUCCUCCUCAAGAUAUUUUCCAAUUUAUCGUUGAAUGAGCGCUGUCUUUCAACAUCGUUAGUCUGUAAAUACUGGCGUGACCUCUGUUUAGACUUCCAGUUCUGGAAGCAACUGGACCUCAGUAGUCGUCAGCAGGUCAACGACGAGUUAUUGGAAAAAAUUGCAUCAAGAAGCCAGAACAUAACUGAAAUAAAUAUUUCUGAUUGUCGCAACGUAUCAGAUACAGGAGUGUGUGCGCUAGCUUUUAAAUGUCCUGGACUCCUAAGAUAUACUGCUUACAGGUGUAAACAGCUUUCUGACACAUCUAUCAUUGCAGUUGCCUCUCAGUGUCCUCUGCUACAGAAAGUACAUGUAGGCAAUCAAGACAGACUUACUGAUGAAGGACUCAAACAGCUGGGCUCAAAGUGCAGAGAACUGAAAGACAUUCAUUUUGGCCAGUGUUACAAGAUCUCAGAUGAGGGAAUGAUCAUUAUAGCGAAAGGAUGUCUGAAGUUGCAAAGAAUAUACAUGCAGGAGAACAAAUUAGUGACAGAUCAGUCAGUAAAAGCAUUUGCUGAACACUGUCCUGAGCUUCAGUAUGUUGGGUUUAUGGGCUGUUCUGUUACAUCUAAAGGAGUCAUUCACCUCACAAAUCUAAGAAACCUUUCCAGCCUGGACCUACGUCAUAUCACAGAACUGGACAAUGAAACAGUGAUGGAAAUAGUAAAACGAUGCAAGAACCUUAGCUCUCUUAAUCUUUGUCUGAACUGGAUCAUUAAUGACAGAUGUGUAGAGGUUAUUGCUAAAGAAGGACGGAACCUGAAAGAGCUGUAUUUGGUAUCCUGUAAGAUCACUGAUUAUGCUCUGAUAGCCAUUGGACGAUACAGCAUGACAAUAGAGACGGUGGAUGUUGGGUGGUGUAAAGAAAUCACAGACCACGGAGCCACCCAAAUUGCACAAAGCAGCAAGUCUCUCAGAUAUUUAGGGCUGAUGAGAUGUGAUAAGGUCAAUGAAGCCACAGUAGAACAGCUUGUGCAGCAGUAUCCACACAUAACCUUCAGUACUGUACUACAGGAUUGCAAGAGGACCCUGGAACGUGCUUAUCAAAUGGGCUGGACACCCAAUAUGUCAACUGCCUCCUAAUGUCCUGUCAUAUUACAGUCCAACUCUGAUGUAUUUAGUAGGUCUAUUGGGGAUUGCAGAUUUUGGUUGUACAAUGUUAUUGAGAUAUUUAACAUUUUUGCUUUCUGUAAAAUAUGUGCUGAAGAGUUGUUCCCAACUUGCUCCUUUAUUUUAUUUUUAGCAUAUUACCUGAUGGAUCCUUGAGGUAAUGAGCAUUUUUGUUUGGUGGUCUCGCCUGGAAAUUUAAGAGGAAAUUCUACUCUCUAGUUGUAUUCAGACAUAUGUAACUGUCCUGAAUGUUAAUUUGUCACCCUAAAAAUCUGCAAAUCCCCGGUGACAUAGAAGAGGGCUCACAACCUUUCUUGAUGCAAUAUAAUAGUAAGUUUACAGAAGUUGCAGUAACAUGGAAAUACUAUACACUGAUUUAAUGUACUGUAAACUAUGUAUUAAGGUUAAAACAGAUCUUUAGAAAUUCAUUGUAUCUUUUUGUAUGCAUAAAUACAAUAUAAAAGCCUUUGGCAGA